AUGCUUACUGGGAAUUGGUUUGGAAUACUUGAAUUUAAUGUGGAUAGGCAGAGCCUAAGUGUGAUUGAUGUGCCAGUGGACGUCGAUGCGGGGAGGUGCUCCUUCACGGUUAUGCAUGCGGAGGGUGGUGGCCUUGGUUUCCUCUUCCUGUCGGGCUACUGCAUCGAAUUAUGGAAGAGGAAGACGGACUGUGAUGGUGUAGCUUCAUGGGUGCUGGGAAGAACUGUUGCACUAGACAAGCCACUUUCCAUGAAUUCAGAGGAGGGGAGUCAAAGCCCAAGGAUACUCUGGUUUGCUGAGGACAAUAAUGCGGUGUUAGUGCGGACAUUUAUCGGCAUCUUCAUGGUCCAGUUUGAAUCAUUGCAGUUUAAGAAACUUUUUGAAUCCUACUGCUGGUUUCACUUUUAUCCAUUUGAAGGUGUCUAUACCGCAGAUGCUCGCAUUGAUGAUGGACAUGGUGGAGCUAAACUUUUGCGCGAUACAUAG